AUGACUGGUUUCUCCGCUACCACCUGCAAAAACAGUUUUUGCGAAACUAUCUUCAGCGAAGAGAGAGAGACACAAACUCGUGAGGCUAUAAUCUCAUUCAAUCACAUCUCAAAUCCUCUUUUUCUCCUAAAAACUUCUUCUUCUUCUUCCUUGGAGAAUUCUAAAGUCUCCACCUUUAUACGAUUUCGUUACUUCUCCAAAAGGGUUCUUGAUCCCUACUUGUCUAAUCACUUGAAUCGAACAUUAUCGUCGCUCAAUUUUAAGAUGAUGAUGGAUGAUGUUACUCUGAGUCAAAGGAGGAGCUGUUCUUCCUCCUCCGAUGUUGUUGCUCCGCUAUUGCCCAAAUCUCAGGGAGACGAAGUUGCUUACGAUGAAUUCAAUGGAACUUGGUUUAGUGGAGCUGUUUUCAAUCUCUACACAACUAUAAUCCUUGCUGGUAUCAUUGCAUAUCUGCGACUAUGAAGAUCCUAGGGCUUUUGCUCGGCAUUGCUAUGAUUGUUGUCAUGGCUUUCUUGACUAAUGCGUUUAUUGAGUUCUUUCUUAGGUUUAGUAAGAUUAAGAAGAGUAGAUCUCAUGGUGCUUGGUGGGUGAUUCUUUUGGUAAACCUGAGAAGAUUUUGCUUCAAGUCGAUGUUUUAGUGAACAACAUUGGUGUUUUGAUUGUAUACAUGAUCAUCAUUGAUAUCACUAAUCAUCUCCUUGUCUUUUUGAGAGUGAUAUGUUUAGUUGUAUCCCGUGUUCAAGAAUUAUUGAUUAGACAAACGCUGAGACCGUUUUUUAAGCGCCACAAAUGAUGAG